AGUAGGAGGAGGAGCAUGGGAAAUAUCUGUUAUAGUUUUCACAUUUUCUCGUUCGAGCAAGCACAGGAACCCCUCUCUCGCUUGCCCCAAAAUAAGUUUUAUAUAUUUACUCGACAUUUUUAUACCGCAGAUGCCGGAUUGUUUGAAAUGGAGUCGCCGGACCUGAAGCCUAGCCAGAUCGCGGCCAUGGUGCUAUCGGUGGGGGCGGUGAGCGCCAUCACCUACUUCAGUGGCCAAUGGAUGCUCAGCCUGCUGGAUCCGCACUGCAAGGUGCGCAAGAGGGCCAAGAAAGUGGCCGAGGAGCAGUUGCGCAAGUUGAACUCGGCGGCGGGCAGGGAGGAUCGAAAGUUUCGCACGCAGGAUCUCAAUGAGCACGAAGUGAUGAUCGCCGCCCUUCUAGUGGCUCCCGAAGACAUUGAUGUGAGUUGGGCGGACAUUGCCGGACUGGAUGCGGUGGUCAGUGAGCUGCGAGAGUCGGUGGUUCUGCCGGUCCGCCAUCGUGAUCUUUUCUCCCGCUCGCAGCUAUAUCAGGCGCCCAAGGGUGUCCUGUUGCAUGGACCGCCCGGCUGUGGCAAGACGCUGAUCGCCAAGGCCGUUGCCAAGGAUGCUGGCAUGCGGUUCAUUAACCUCGACAUAAGCGUACUAAAGGACAAGUGGUAUGGCGAGAGCUUGAAACUGGCCUCGGCUGUGUUUACUCUGGCCCAGAAGCUGGAACCCUGCAUUAUAUUUAUCGAUGAAAUCGAAUCCUUUUUGCGAGUACGCGGCAGCGGGGAUCACGAAGCCACGGCCAUGAUGAAAACCCAGUUUAUGAUACGUUGGGAUGGUCUAAUUAGCAAUGCCAAUGCCUGUGUCCUGGUGCUGGGAGCCACCAAUCGGCCGCAGGACCUCGAUAAGGCCAUCCUGCGUCGGAUGUCACUUCAGUUCUAUAUAGAAGCGCCUCGCGAUAGCCAGCGUCUGGAAAUAUUGCAACUUAUCCUGCAGUCUGAGAAACUGCAUCCCUCUGUUAAUCUCAAGGAGCUGGCCCGCUUGGCCACCGGAUUUUCGGGAUCGGAUCUGCGAGAGCUUUGUCGCCACGCCUUCAUAUGCCGCAUGCGUGAAAUGAUGCGCCAAAAGGACGAAUCGAGAUCGGCUAAGGAGGAGACCGAGGUCGUGGGGGAAUUCAAGGAUUGCGUACAGUUGGAGAUUCGUAUGGAUGAUCUACUCAAAUCACUGAUGACCAUGAAGGUGUCAAAAUUCCAAUCGCUAAAUGCCUGCGUCGAGAAGGAUCUCGAGCUGGAUUGAGGUCACUUCAGUAAUAAUCGCUUUAAAUUCUCUAUUGACGUGACAUAAAUUUUUGUUUAAGAA